AUGGGCGAGUCUCCCGGCUGCUGCUCGGUCUGGGCCCACUGCCUCCACUGCCUGUAUAGCUGCCACUGGAAGAAAUGCCCCAAAGACAGGACACAAACCAACCAGUGCGAAUGCAUCUGGUUUGGCCUGCUCUUCCUCACCUUUCUCCUCUCCCUGGGCUGGCUGUACGUCGUGCUCAUCCUUCUCAAUGACCUGCACAACUUCAAUGAAUUCCUGUUCCAGCACUGGGGACACUGGAUGGACUGGUCCCCGGCAUUCCUGCUGGUCAUCUCUCUACUGGUCACAUACGCAUCCCUGCUCUUGCUCCUGGCUCUGCUCCUGCGGCUCUGUGGCCAGCCUCUGUGCCUGCACACCGCCCACAAGGUGCUGCUGCUCCUCAUUAUACUUCUUGUGGCCGCUGGCCUUGUGGGACUGGAGGUCCAAUGGCGGCAGGAGUGGCAUAGCUUACGUCUGUCACUGCAGGCCACAGCCCCAUUCCUUCAUAUUGGAGCAGUUGCUGGCAUCACUCUCCUGGCCUGGCCUGUGGCUGAUACCUUCUACCGUAUCCACCAAAGAGGUCCCAAGAUUCUGCUACUGCUCCUAUUUUUUGGAGUUGCCCUGGCCAUCUACCUGGUGCCCCUAUUCAUCUCCUCAGCCUGUAUCAUGGAACCCAAAGACUUACCCCCCAAGCCUGAGCUGAUGGGACACCGAGGGGCCCCCAUGCUGGCCCCUGAGAACACCCUGAUGUCCCUGCGGAAGACAGCUGAAUGUGGAGCUGUUGUGUUUGAGACCGACGUGAUGGUCAGCUCCGACGGGAUCCCCUUCCUCAUGCAUGAUGAGCGCCUGACCAGGACCACAGAUGUGGCCUCUGUGUUCCCACACCGAGUCAACAGCCACAGUAGCGACUUCUCCUGGACUGAGCUGAAGAGACUCAAUGCCGGGGCCUGGUUCCUACAGAGGCGACCCUUCUGGGGGGCUAAGCAGCUGUCAGGCCCUGAUCGGAAAGACGCUGAGAAUCAGACAGUGCCAGCCUUGGAAGAACUACUGAAAGAAGCUGAAGCCCGCAACCUUUCUGUCAUGUUUGACCUGCGCCGCCCCCCACGAAACCACACAUACCAUGACACUUUUGUGAACCAGACAUUGGAGACUGUGCUGAGUUCAGGGGUGCCCCAAGCCAUGGUCCUCUGGCUACCGGAUGAAGAUCGGGCUCAUGUCCAACAACGGGCCCCCCAAAUGCGCCAGAUAUAUGGACAUCUGGGAGGCCACAGCACUGAGAGGCCCCAGUUUCUCAACCUCCCCUAUCAAGACCUGCCGCUGUUGGAUAUCAAAGCACUGCACCAAGAUAAUGUCUCGGUGAACCUAUUUGUAGUGAACAAGCCCUGGCUCUUCUCCCUACUCUGGUGUGCAGGGGUGGAUUCGGUCACCACCAAUGACUGCCAGCUGCUGCAGCAGAUGCGUUACCCUGUCUGGCUUAUUCCCCCUCAAACCUACCUAAUGAUGUGGAUCAUUACCAAUUGUGUCUCAAUCCUGCUGCUUUUGUGGACCUUUCUCCUCCAACGGAGAUGUGCUAAGGAGAGAGAGAGAACCGGCUUAGAAACAGCAGUGCUGCUGACCAGGAUCAACGCUUUCAUAAUGGAGUGAAUGCUCUGUCCUUGACCCCCACCAGCCAAAGUCUGAGGCCUGUCUGCAUUGGCCAACAGCAAGGAAGAGAGAAUGGCUGAGGUGGAAUGUAGGUGGGGUUGGUGUGGGGUGAACUUUGCCAACAGGAGGUUUUGAACUAUGAGGGCCUUCUGCCCAGAUGGUGGCAUGCCCCAAGCUUCCAUGGAAUCUGUCCCCCUUGAGAUUUCGACCUGAAGUGGUUAGGAAGACACUGAGU